UAUCUAUUGAAAUACAGUUCUAUUGAUUGAAAAAGAUCUUUCAUUCAUUCUUUAUAAAGAAAUGGCUAUAAACUGCUGAUGUUUGUCGUGCCUGUAGAGGAAGAGCUCCUUCCACCUCUUUGUCUCAGAGUUGUGGUGUAAUGAGGUUCAACUCUCAUAUUGCACCUACCUGGGUGUUUGAAAUGGGGUGUAAAAUGACUCAUAAUGUCAAUAUGAUUUUUGUUCUUACAUGAUCUCUUAACUUUUUGUUGACUAAAGUGGGUUUUAUUUGCAUGCGCGUUUCCUUUCUCUUAACCCAAUUGAAUCGGCGUGCUUGGUCUCCAACCUGUCGCUCAUUUCGCCUGCAUUACCUGCGGUCCCGUCUUAACCGCAGACAUCCAUCCGUCCACCUGUUGACCCCCCACGCUGAGGAGGACGAGGGAAACGGGUGUUUAUUCGGAAAUUGUUCGGAAAAUGGGCCGUUGAGUUUUGGAAAGAGGGAAGCGUAGGCGACCCGCGGGGGGAGGGGUAUCUCUGUUCGUCACCCUCUUUUGAUACAACAGGAAGGAGAGUGAGUGGCAGAAUGUGCGAGUGAGGUAGACAUCCCCAAGGAUGAACGCUUAACCCCGACUUCUGACAAAAAGAUUUGGCCUUUAACUGUAGCGCUUGAAGGUAGAAGGAAACGGAGAGAAAAGAGGUGGUUGUGUUUGGCGAAGAGAGGGGAAGGGAAGGAGAACUCUUUUGCAAAGAGCAAAAAAUGGAUGCCAUGAGACAGCGUUGUCUCCAGCUGACUGUACCCAUGCCCAUUAAAACGGGGAAGGUAGCAAUGUCUCCAGGAGAGGACGGUCUGAUUGGGAUUCCCUUCCCGGAGCACAGCAAUGAGCUCUUGUCCCACCUCAAUGACCAGAGGAGGACAGGAAUUCUGUGUGAUCUCACCCUUACCUCUCGCGGGGCUCGGUACCCAACUCACCGCUCCGUCAUGGCUGCUGUCAGUUUGUACUUUCGCGGCCUGUUUGGAGCAGAGGAAGCGGGCGGUGAGGUAGGAGGAGGUUUCAGUGUUUGCCAGCUGGACUGCGUGGCACCCGACGCCCUGGACGCCCUCUUGGAGUUUGCCUACACAGCUACUCUGACAAUCCCCAGCUCUGGGAUGAGGGAUGUGCUCCGAGGUGCUCAGCUUUUGGGCAUCCAGUGUGUAGCUGACGCUUGCAGAGACAUCCUCGGGGAGACAGCAGAGGCAGAGGGAGAGAAAACGGAGGAGCAGCGGAUCCCGGACCAAGUUACUGGGACAAUUAUGAAGGAAGAGAUUAGCAUUAAAAAAGUAUCUAGGAGAAAAACUGACAAAAGGAUGGUUAAGAAAAUUGGGUCCAACCAUAUCAACUCAUCACCUAUAAGGUCACUGGCUGCCUCUCCCGCCUCCCACCCAUCACCCGUAUCUGACAACUUCCGCUCCCUGCCCUCUACCCAGCCUCCCAGUCCCGAACAAGAGGAACUUCACUGCAAACCGAGGCAGAACGGCAAUCCCAGGGUAUUUGGGGGACUAGGGAGGAGAGCCACGGCCAAUGGAAGUGUCCGCCAUUGGCAUCAGGAGCGUCCCCCUAUAGCACAUGCAGCGCCUGUCCAGUCUCUGAGCGAUAAGCUUUCUGAAGACGACGAGAUGGGAAGUUUAGGGGAUGAUGUCUUGCGAAUGGAAACCAGUUCUAUGACGACCUCUUUAGCGGAUCCAGGUGCCGCCUCUUCACCUGCAGGCAUGGGGAGGAAAAGAAAGUCUCAGACCCCUCAGCAGUGUCCAGUCUGCCAGAAAAUCAUCCAUGGGGCAGGAAAACUGCCCCGGCACAUGAGGACACACACUGGAGAGAAACCCUUCCAGUGCACCACCUGUGGUGUUCGUUUCACUCGCAAUGAUAAGUUAAAGAUCCACAUGAGGAAGCACACGGGUGAACGCCCAUACCCGUGUCCGCACUGCCCUGCACGCUUCCUUCAUUCAUACGACCUGAAGAACCACCUGUCCUUGCACAGUGGGGCACGGCCCUUUGAGUGUCCACUGUGCCAUAAGGCUUUUGCCCGAGAAGACCACCUCCAGCGUCAUCGUAAAGGCCAAAGCUGCCUGGAGCUGCGCACACGCCGGCCCAGGCGUGGGCCAGAGCAGGAUGAAGAUGGAAGAGGGGAUGACGGCAGGAGGGAGCAGUCCAGCCCUCUGUCUUUACAGGCCCCCUCCUCUGUUUUCCAUCCCCAUGCUGUUCUUGAAGGCCUAGGUGGUCUUGCUGGUGGUCCUCCAUUGACAUUUGCAAAUGAAAGGGAGCGUUCUUUAGCCUUUCAGGCUUUGGCCCAAUUUGGACAUCAAAGCAUAGCCAGGUAUCCUGAGCUUUUUUUGCGAGGGCUGGAAAUGCAUGAAAGCAGAGAGAUGGAGGGAGACGAUCCAGAAAGGACACUCAUGCCGGCUCUACAGCGUGACAGAUGGGCAGAUGAAGGGGAUGAGGAAAACGGAGAGGAGGAACCAGAAGAAGGGGACUAGUUUUAAAGAAACUGUACAAGAUUAAAAAAAAAAAAGAUUAAAUACAUAAAUUAACUCAGGUGGCUGGAUUAAGGACCUGCUGCUGCUGCAAUGCAGAGAGCACUUAAGAAAAAAACAUAUAUGCAUUUUAAAAAAAGGAAAACGGGUUUUCUGAUCUUUAUUUCAUGUCUGUGUUCUGGUUGUUGGCAAUUUGUGUUGUAUACCUUUAUUAUUCAGUUUUUUGUUUGAAGUUUAAUGUCAGUCAUCUUAGCCUGAUCUGUCUAAAAUGAUUCAAAAACCUGACAGUCAUGCUGGUGUGUUGGAUGUUAAAUUCGGAGGUGCGAUCGCCAGGAUACUUCAUACUAUGCAAACUAAAGUAUAGGUCUGCUGAGGGAACAAACUUUAUAUAAGAACAUAUAUAAAAACAAUUUCAAGCCUAGUUGGAUUGCAAAAGUAAGGUUGACCUCUGGUGGUUGUUAAUGGAAACGCAUAGUCAUAAAUCAAACUUGUUUGCAAAAAUUUGUCUUUGAGAUGGAAACAUAUUUGCUUAAAAUUUGGUGCUUUAACCAAAGAUCUGCAUUUUUAAAUAUCAUUUUGACAGAAGAGAUGUGAAUUGUAGCCAAUGUUGGGUAUGAACAGUAGAUUCCUCCCAACUAUGUUGACAGCCAUGAAAAAUACUUCCUUGUCUGAGGGUCUUAGAUCCGCAGUAGCCUCUGUUGAAUGCCUGACCAAAAGAGACAAAGUCUGGGUCUAUUGAUUGAUGUAAUCUAUUUUAAAAAUAUAUAUUUUUCAGUACAUUUUGACGCAAGUCUUGCGCACUCAUUUGGGUUCUUUGUUUAAAAAACAAAAAGGCAAGAGAAGGGCAAGCUGAGAGGAUUUAUUCCUACUGUACUUCCUCCUCUGUAUUUAUUUAUUUAUUGAUAUUUAUUAUGGCUCUUCUGCUUUUGUGAGACCAAGUCAAGGAUCGAAGAUAGUUAUCUAUCCACUCCUCAUUCCAAACUUUAAAAAAGGAGCUUUUUGCUGAACUUUUCUAUGCCUAAAUGCCUUUACAUAGUUUUGAAUUCUCAUCUUUCACUAUUCUUCCACAAAUGUUUUUCUUUGCACAAUUACGCCACAGAGCUCUUAAGCAACAUGGGCACAUUUUGUACUUGGGGGGGGGGUAGCAGAAGGAGAACACUGCAACGAACGGGGUGGGUCAAAAGCUGCAAUGCCACUGGAACGCCCAAGCUACUUUUAAGCCUGCUUUUGAUUUUCUGCUUUAUCACACCUCAAAAGAAGGCCGCUCUUACAGAUCAGCCACUACUGUGACUAAAGGGGCCAUUAUCUUAUGGGUUGAUCUGUCUCUGAAGAGAGGAACAACUGUUUUUUUUUUUGGUGUUUUUCAUGGUGUAGCAGGGAAAACGCAACUACAAACAUCUCUAAAUAACUGCAAUAAAAUUUGAAUUUCCAUUCUUUUUAAUGUAGCAAAAGUGCUGGUCUGGCCUUGAGAGCUUUGUUCUCUUUUUUUUCUAUUAAGUUUUUCUUUAUUUCCUUUAUUUGCACUGUAAGACUUGAGAGCUUUAAGCUUAACCUGACAUUGAACCAUCAUGUCAGGGUAUUUCUUGACUAUUCUGAUUUGUGAUUUCAAAUAGUUCAACCAACAUAUACUUUUAUUUUAUGCGUAUAAAUACAGAGUUAUAGUCAAACAUGACAUAAUAUAUAUUGGGUUUGAAGUUGCCUUAGUUCUUUAUUGCGCAGUAUAUCUUCUCAGGAACUCUUGAGCAAUGCACUAAGUGAUUCUACGUACAACAUAAAAUGGUAAAAGUGGUGCUUCACAGUGACUGACACUCUUCUUGCAAAUGUAAAAGCAGUAAAAAUAUAAGAUUUCUUAGAUUUUUCUGCUGUCAAAAAAACAACUUUGUUCCAUGAAAUGAAAGCGAGCUUUUGGUUUUUGCUGAAACCUGUCUAACUGGAAAGACUGUGUGACAGUUGGUCCUGUGCAUGAAGGGUGUUGCUGCUUCCAAUCAGAGCUUUGCGAAUGAAUGACAGUUAACCGCCAGCUGUGAAAUGUGUGUUACAAUGUGAGCUGCUUGUUUUCUUGGCUUCGGUGAAGGGACGAAGGGGGCCUGUAAGAGGAGACCCCCACUUAUCAGGGAUAACAUCGUUUGUCUUUCCAUUUGUAGAGGACCUCUUUUUUUCUUAGAAAUAUGGAUUCAUUUUCCCAGUUUGUUUCAGUUGAUGUAAUGAAAAAUAAAGAAAUCUAAUCCUGUAUUUUA